AUGUUGCCUAAAAAAAAAGGCCCUAAAUCCGUGUAUAUUUAUGCAAUCGUAGCAACAUUGGUCCUUGUAUCAUUAUAUAUAAUAUCAAUUUUUGAUAUAGAAUCUAGUUUUUCAUCUUAUGACUAUACGCUAUCAUCACCAGCUAAACCACAAAUUCAAGAAAAGAGUGAAUGGCUAACAAAUUUUGUUGAUCCUUUAAUUGGUAUUCAAGAUGAUGUAGAUAAUUCUAAAUAUGGUGUAAUCAGUCAAUUCCCAUUUGUUUCUUCCUUGGAUUUAUUCGAUUUGAAAGAUUACUCUUCACCUCGUUCAUUAGAGUCUUUUGAAGUUGGUUUCGCCAGGAUCGGAUUAAAGCGUUAUGAUCUUGUUGUUGAGUUAACAGCGAGUAGGAGGGCAGCAUUGCAUAGAUAUAUUUUUCCUCCAUUGAUUAACGAAUCUCAUGUAAUGAUUGAUUUAUCUCGCAUAAAUGCACGUGGUAAAUAUGUUGCUGGUGCAAUUUCUGUAACUUCAAAUGAGAUGAAAGGUUUUGGUCGUUAUAAAGAUUGGAGGUUCGGUUCGGUCCCUGAAUAUUCCGUGUAUUUUUGCUCUCAAUUUGACAAAAAUGCUUCAGAGUACUAUACAUUUUGGAAUGGAGUAAUUACAUCAAAUUCUAGUUUUGAAUCUG